AGUGGUGGAGAAAAAAUAUAUAAGAGGGUAAAAGGACAGAAAAUAAAAAUGUUUAGAGAACUGAAAACAGUUGGCACUGAUCAUCUGAAAUAAAACGUUUAAGAUUAGCUGAAGUGCAGUAUUAUGCCGCUUGUAGAGAGUAGCUAGUACCGAGGAGACCAAACUGCUCUCCAAGAUACGAGAGCAUUUUCUUGUUACUAUAACUUGUUAACAAGAUAAUAUAAAUAGUUUUUAAAACGUUUACGUGUUUCAAAACACUACAUAAUAUUUGCAGUAUCGUAUUGUUCGUAUUUUACAACUCCAGGUAGCUGAUCUUAAGAACAUAAACCUACCGAGCGUGACGACCUUCAGUGAAUCGCAUUUAAAGAUAAACACUCUCACAUGCAAAAUUAGCAAAGUCGUGAUAAAAAGGGGUUAUUUUCUCUCCAAUUAUUAUUUUUAUUUAAUUUAAAUAUUAAAAGAUAAUUAACUACCUCAGCCCUCAGUAUUCGAUGGCCUACGACCCCUAUGAAUGGGAACAUUCGUAAUAACUCUAGGCUCCGACAAUUCAAAAAAAAAAAACCCUAACGAUUAAUACUCUCGACCAUAUUCAAACGCAUACAAGCAUAAAUUUAUUAAGUAAAUAAUACAUUAGUAAUAAAUAUAUUUUAUGUCUUACUGUAUUUUUUAGUUUUCUUUACAUGUACAAUCUACCACAUUAGACUACAAAACUGGGAGAAAAAUUAUUUAAUUAUUUAAUUAUUGAAGAUAAACUCGUGAAUAAUCAAAAUCGUCAAAGUGAAACCCACGAAUACUGCUUGCCGACUGUAUUGACUGAAAUACAUCCGCAAUUUAUUGCAUACCGGGGACUGGAGAUUAUCACCAUUUGAGUACACAAUGUGAGUGACAUGUCAACAAACACACGAGCUGAUGUCACUGCACUUAGAAUAUAGUCUUCACAUUGGCUGACAGCUGCCUUAUCGUUGACUGAACACGUGAUUCACAGGUAAAGGUGGUUGUGCUGCCUUUGACUUGAUCAUCGCCAAACACAUCAACCCACAUACAUACAUAUCGUUAAAUAAUAUCAUAUCACACAUAGGCAAUUACUUUCCAAGAUUGUCGGUCAUAUGUUUCCAGGAACUUUCAAUCGGUGACAUACACUUUAAACACAUUUAUGUUAUGCAUUGAGAACAUCAAAGCACAGCAAGGGAAAGACGAGUCACUUCUGUAGUCAGCUAUAUAGUUGUACCCCGAUGUAUCGGUGUUUGGACCUUGGUUAAGGACAGUCUCCGAUAAUAAUAGAAGGCAGUGUGAUAAAGCAGAUACCCAGCACCCAUUGUGUCAAAAUAAACACCAAAGUUGGGUACGAUCGGCAGAUAACUCUGGAACUGUUUGAUGAUGAGUUACCUUCUCUCAACUGUUCUGUGUAGACUGGAGGUUGCAGUCCCUGCAGUACUGUUCCACAUCGCUGCAACCGUCGUAACGUUCUGUGUAGAUGCAUUGGCGGUUUUUGAUGUUAUUGUGCCGUUUACAAUCGCUGCAGCUGUCGUCGUAUUCUGUUCAGACGCAUCUGUGGUUCUGAUCGCUGUUGUACCUUUUCAAAACGGUAUCACAGGUGCUUUUGUCGUCACAGCUGUCGUUCCAGCCAUUGUACUGUUCAUUGCCAUUCCAGCUGUCGUGACGUUUUGUGUCGUCGCAGCUGUCGUUCCAGCCAUUGCUGUACUGUUCAUUGCCAUUCCAGCUGUCGUGACGUUUUGUGUCGUCGCAGCUGUCGUUCCAACCAUUGCUGUACUGUUCAUUGCCAUUCCAGCUGUCGUGACGUUUUGUGUCGUCGCAGCUGUCGUUCCAGCCAUUGUCGUACUGUUCAUUGCCAUUCCAGCUGUCGUAACGUUCUGUGUAGUCGCAGCUGUCGUUCCAACCACUGUCGUUACGUUCUCCUUUAUUUCAGUUGCAGUAACACUCUGUGAGGUCACAGCUAUCGUUCCAGUCACAGUUGUACCGUUCACAAUCACCGCAGCUGUGGUCACAUGCUGUGUAGACGUGUCUGCGGUUCCAGUCACUGUCGAACUGUUCAUCAUCGUGGCAGCUGUCGUUGCAUUCUGUGUAGACACAUCUGUUGUUCCGGUCACCGCCGUCCUGUUUACAACCUCUGCAGCUGUAGUAACAAUAACCGCAGCUGUCGUCGCAUUCUGCAUAGACGGGUCUGUGGUUCCAGUCCUUACAGUGUUCGUUAUCAUUGCAGCUGUCGUCACAUUCUGCGUAGACACGUCUGUAGCUCCAGUCGCAGUCGUUUUGCUUACAAUCAUCGCUUCUGUUGUCAUAACAUCCAUUGUCGUGGCGUUUGCCGUCCUGUUCACUGUCACUGUACCUGUCAUCCGGGCCUCAGUCGUUGUGGUGAUAUCUUUUAUCAUUUGUCCACCACAGUACGUAGAAUUUGAUCGCAAACCACACACAGAGCUGUUUGUGGUCGCUGGGUUGUAAGAAAAUUCUUGGCCUUGAGGACAUUUUAAAUACUCGAUCACCGUUCCAUUGCAUGCCUGAUAUUCGUCACAGUACAGUGGGUAGGUGUAUGGCAGCGAUAGAUAUGCAGCCUGUCCACAGCCAUCUUUUUCA